CGGGCCUUCAAACCCUAGCUGUCAAGCUCCGUCCCUCGUCCUCUCAUGGCGUCCCCGCGCUCGCCCGACUCGCCCCGUGGCCUCACCUUCGCGCCCUGCGACGCCGACCUCAUCACGAUCUACCUCCAGCGCAAGAUCUCCGGGUCCCCGCUCCCCGCCGCCGCCGCCCGGUACAUCCAUGACGCGGACGUGUAUGCGGCCGAGCCCGCCGCGCUCGUCACCGGCCUCCUCCCCGCCUCGGCGAGCAGCGACGGGGAGGGCAGGGAGUGGUACUUCUUCACCUCCGCGCGGGCCCAGAGCAGCCGGGGCACCCGCAGGUGCCGCGCCGUCGCGGGCGGGGUCGGCACCUGGCAUUCGGAGAAGGCGCGGUGCGACGUGCUUGACGCGGGCGGCGCCGCCGUCGGGUACCGCCAGCCCUUCACCUACGAGCCCAAGAACGGCUGGCUGAUGCUCGAGUUCAGCCAGGAAGACCCCCGCCCCGGCGAGGCCAUGCCCGCCCUCUGCAAAAUCUACCAGAAGCGUCGUGCUGGCCGGUCCGCCUCCAAACCCAUUUCGUCUGGGUCGUCGUCGAUGUCUGGAUCCAAGAGGAAGGCGGCGGCCGCGGGCGAGCGCUCCGGCGUGAGGCGAUGCCUGCAGUUCCGUCCGUCUCCUGCCGCAGCAAAUCCGCCCACCGUGGUUGCUACAUCUGAUAUUCAAGAAGCGUUCUUGCUUCCAAUCGAGCGGCCGCAGGCAGAGCAAGAACCGCAAGAACCGCCGGUACGCAGAGCACCCACAGCCACAACGCUGAUUCCCAGCUUCUCCCUGACCUUCGACCGCACCGCCUUCCUCCGCCCCGCCCAAGAUUCGCCCACGCCAGCGAAUUCGGACCUGAGCGACACGUCGACGGCACUACUGGGCAAUUACGAGCUCGUCUCACCAGCCACCUCCGAGCUGACCUGCUACAAUGCCACGACACCCUCGAGCGAUAUCACCGGCGCUUGGGCCUUCCAGCCGUCCGCCCUGACCUCCUCCAAUGGCACCACCUUCCUCCUCCCUGGCCAAGAUUGGGCCACGCCAGAGUCGUCACAAGUCAGUGAGGCAUCGACGCUGGAGAGCUACAGCUGCUUCUCGCCCGACCACUCCACAUCCAGGCCCACCAGACCGCCGAUCAGCAACGGCACCGGCUAUUGCUGGUCUUUCCCGCAGUCCAGCGAGCUAUCAGCAAUUUUUGGUGCCUGAUCGAAUGCUUUGAUACGCUUCCAUGUUAGGCUGAGAGGAGUGUGGGUCUGCCUCCUUUAGUUUGUAGGGAUUUUUUGUUCUUGGUAGACUUGUUCAGCAGCAACUCUGCUUUCUGUUGGAACUUGGAACCGAGGCUUGGUUCAGUUAACCGACAUCUUAGCGGUCCUCUGGUGAUGUAACUGGGAUGCACACAGCACACGUAGUUGUGGAUCCUUCAUUGUGCACUCUUCCUGUA